AUGACGGACCACGAGGACAGACGUGGGAGUACAGCCGCGCGCGAAAAUAAGAUGUGGAAUAUAUUCCGAACGCAGGGCGAUGCGGUUGAGUAUUCCGUAUGGUCCGGACCCUGGCCGAUGCUGAAGGCCCGUUCCGACACGCGCGGACCUAGGAUACUAUGGAGUCCGAUAUUGGCCCUUGGCAAAAACGGCGUCGUUCUUACCAGCGCUUCUGCCACAACAGGUAGCAGAACCCUUGCCAGCGAAAGAGAGCGCAGAUAA